AGAUGGAAUAAAGUGUGCAAAUGAAUAGACGACAAGAGAAAGAGAGAAAGAAGUCGAUGUUCGAAUCACAGCACGCUAAUGCAAAACAUCGUGUAAUAUGAGAUAGCGCGUUGUAAUCCAGACGUUUCCGUUUGUGACGUUUCUCGGUUUGGUCCGGAGAUGUGAACCAGAUAGUAGAGAUGAUAGUAACAGAUAUAUAGAAAAAAAUAGAAAGAGUACGAUUGGACAACGACGUCGACGACGAGGACAACGACGACAAGGACGACGACAAGGACGACCACGACGACGACGACGACGACGACGACGACGACGACGACGACGGCGACAAUGGCAGAAAUUCACUUUAUUUAAUAUCGUUUAAAUUGUUCGUGACCAGUCCGUUCCAUCCUUAAAUCCGAUAGUGCGCAACAGCGACGACGAAAGAUAGUUUAGUUUUUUCACGUAAAAAGAACAUUACGAGACGAGAUCGUCGUCAUAAUUGUCAUCGUCGAGAUCGUGAAGCUGAGACAAUGAUCUAACGAAAGUCGAUAACGUUCUGAACUUGAUCUCCGGAGAAAUCUUUCCACAGUGAAAAGAACAACUAAUGAUGAAGGAGUUGCUUUUGUUAAUUCCUUUUUCCUCCCCGUUCUGGUUUUUUAUUUUCAUAUAUUAGAAAUUUUUCGAAUAUUUGUAAGAUCGUGUUAACGAUAGAAGAAUAUGCUUUGUCGGGAAUCAUGUCGACUUUUGCAAGGAUAAUUCAUUCUUGGUCGAACGGUAUAAAUUGCACACCACCUGCGAUAGAAGAUUUUCCACAUGAUCUGUUUGACGAGGCACAGAGGCAAGGCGGUGCCGUCGUUGUGCACGUAAUAGUGUCCCUUUAUCUAUUUAUCGCAUUAGCAGUCGUAUGCGAUAAAUUCUUUGUACCUGCGGUAGAAAAAAUAUGUCACGCACUAUCGAUGUCAAAGGACGUAGCUGGUGCAACGUUCAUGGCUGCGGCAACGUCCGCACCGGAAUUAUUCGUAAACGCGAUCGGUACUUUCAUUACCGAAGGUGACAUUGGAGUUGGAACCAUCGUCGGAUCGGCGGUUUUCAAUAUUCUUGCUGUUCCUGCCUGCUGUGGGAUCGGCGCAGGAAUGGUUGUCCCAUUAGAUUGGUGGCCCGUUAGCAGGGACUGCCUAGCCUACGGUGUAACCGUCGCCAUUUUAAUAUGCAUCAUACACGACGAACGCGUCGAGUGGUACGAGGCUCUCACCCUGGUCCUACUUUAUAUAGUUUACAUCGCUGUCAUGUAUUGGGAUAAGUCAUUUCAACGGUGUACGAGAUUUCGCACUAACAACGAUCAAUUCUCGUCGACCGACUGCCACAUCGCAACCGAUGCCGAUGAGAUUCAUUUACCCAGACCCGAUAAGCUGCAAUCGUCUGGCGAUCGAGUUGAACAAAUAGCAACGAUAGACGUACCUUUGCAAAAUGGCGGGACCAAAGCACAGGAGGAAAAUCCCGAACCGAAUUAUGAGUACGAGUUGUUAGUUUGGCCUGCACGAGGUGGAUGGAUCAGAAAGACAGCUUGGAUUAUGACCUGGCCGAUUCAUUUGAUUUUCAUGUGCACAAUACCGGAUUGUGAAAAGCCACGAUUUAAAAAUUGGUUCCCAGUUACGUUUCUUAUGUGUAUCAUUUGGAUUGGUUCAUUGAGUUAUGUCGUUGCCUGGAUGAUCACAAUAAUCGGAGAUACAUUGAAGAUACCAGAUUCGGUAAUGGGUAUCACAUUUCUCGCGGCUGGUACCAGCGUACCGGAAGCUGUUUCGAGCGUGAUCGUCGCAAAGCAAGGACACGGCUCGAUGGGUAUCAGUAAUUCGAUCGGUUCUAACACGUUCGACAUACUCCUAUGUUUGGGUCUACCAUGGUUGAUAAAAUCCUCGUUCUCGCCCACACAACCUGGCAGACAUUAUAUCAGCAUAAAUUCCGGUGGUCUCGAGUACAGCGCCAUAUCUCUACUAUCGACGCUAAUGUUACUCUACAUCGCCUUCGCUUCAAAUAAGUUUCAACUCGAUAGAAAAGUAGGCCGCGCCUGUUUGUGUAUGUACGCGGUCUUCCUAAUCCUGGCCUCUUUGAUAGAACUCAACGUAUUCUUCAUGGUUAAUCUGCCAACAUGUCAGAGGACGGUCAAAUGAUUGGCGAUGAUCGGAGGAUGAACGGAGAUCUACGAUGCUCCGAAUACACGAUUGCACGUUAAAAGUACCGCGGGUUCUGUCUAUCGCCGAUACGUGAUAUCCGUGUGCGAUAUGAUAAUAAUCGUUGGAGGGAGUGCUUAUUUUCUAUAUAGUGUUGUUACAUGGUCUCACUGUGCACACACACACACACACACACACACACACACACACACAC